AUGUCUUUUUCGCGAUCUGCAUGUCAUGUUUACAAGGAAGAGCUUCGAAAACCUGUUGAAUGUAUCAAUACGGCCAGAUCUUUCGAAGUACUUCCGAAGCUUAUGUUACGAGCCGUGCACGCUAUUGGAUAUCGACGUAUCUAUUUUGAAAAAUCCAGUAGAUUUACUCCUGCAACAGGAGAUGAUGCUACAAGACAAGAGGCUUUUGAAGCAAAGUGGAAGGCAUACCGGCGUAUCAUUGACAGCGAGUCAUUGAUGAAGGCCACUUACUAUGACUACUUUGCUUUUUACCAAGCCCUGCAAAAGUUUCAAAAUCUCAAAUGUAUCAAUGUGAGAAGUGAUGGACCUGGUUCUCAUCCAGCUUUUCAUGAACGCUUUUCAACCAAAGACAUUUAUUCCGAACUAUACACUGGUGCAGAUCAACCAGGGGACAUUAGGGGUUGA